GCCAGGGGAAAGGGAAUGCCCAAUCCAGAGAGACAUGGGGGCAAGAAGGACGGGAGUGGAGGAGCUUCUGGAACUUUGCAGCCGUCAUCGGGAGGUGGCAGCUCCAACAGCAGGGAGCGUCACCGCUUGGUGUCGAAGCACAAGCGGCAUAGGUCCAAGCACUCCAAAGACAUGGGGUUGGUGACCCCCGAAGCAGCACCUUUGGGUACAAUUAUCAAACCUUUGGUGGAGUAUGAUGACAUUAGCUCUGAUUCCGAUACCUUCUCUGACGACAUGGCCUUCAAACUGGACCGGAGGGAGAAUGAUGAACGUCGCGGGACUGAUCGGAGUGACCGCCUGCACAAACACCGUCACCACCAGCACAGACGUUCCCGGGAUUUACUAAAAACUAAACAGUCAGAGAAAGAAAAAAACCUGGAAGCCUCCAGCAAGUCGGGAUCGACGAAGGACCGGAUAUCAGGAAGUACAAAGCGUUCAAAUGAGGAGAAUGAUGACCAUGGAAAGACGCAGGUCUCCAAAAGCAGCAGCAACAAGGAAUCCAGGUCAUCCAAACUCCAUAAGGAGAAGACCCGGAAAGAACGCGAGUUGAAGUCCGGGCACAAAGACCGGAGUAAAAGUCAUCGGAAAAGGGAAACACCCAAAAGUUACAAAACCGUGGACAGCCCCAAACGGAGGUCCAGGAGUCCCCACCGGAAGUGGUCGGACAGCCCCAAGCAAGAUGAUAGCCCCUCAGGAGCUUCUUACGGCCAAGAUUAUGACCUUAGUCCCCCGAGAUCUCACACCUCUAGCAAUUACGACUCCUACAAGAAGAGUCCGGGAAGUACCUCAAGAAGGCAGUCAAUCAGCCCACCUUACAAGGAGCCUUCUGCCUACCAGUCCAGCACACGGUCACCCAGUCCCUACAGUAGACGACAGAGGUCUGUGAGUCCCUAUAGCCGGCGACGUUCUUCCAGCUAUGAAAGGAGUGGCUCUUACAGUGGGAGAUCACCCAGUCCCUACGGCCGAAGGCGGUCCAGCAGCCCUUUCCUGAGCAAGCGCUCUCUGAGCCGGAGUCCGCUCCCCAGUAGAAAAUCCAUGAAGUCUAGAAGUAGAAGUCCCGCAUAUUCAAGACACUCAUCUUCUCAUAGUAAAAAGAAGAGAUCCGGGUCACGCAGUCGACAUUCCAGUAUCUCACCUGUCAGGCUUCCACUGAACUCCAGCUUGGGAGCUGAACUCAGUAGGAAAAAGAAGGAAAGAGCAGCAGCCGCUGCAGCAAAAAUGGAUGGCAAGGAAUCCAAGGGUUCACCUAUAUUUUUGCCUAGAAAAGAGAACAGUUCAGUAGAGGCUAAGGAUUCAGGCUUGGAGUCUAAAAAGUUACCCAGAGGUGUAAAAUUGGAAAAAUCUGCCCCAGAUACCGAACUGGUGAAUGUAACACAUCUAAAUACAGAGGUCAAAAAUUCUUUAGAUACAGGAAAAAUAAAGUUGGAUGAAAACUCUGAGAAGCAUCCUGUUCUUAAAGAUUCAAAAGGACAGGGAACAAGAGACUCUAAACCUGUAGCACUGAAAGAGGAGAUUGCUACUCCAAAAGAGACAGAGACAUCUGAAAAGGAGACCCUUCCACCUCUUCCCACAGUUACUUCUCCACCUCCUUUACCAACUACUACCCCUCCACCUCAGACACCCCCCUUGCCACCUUUGCCUCCACUACCAGCUCUUCCACAGCAACCACCUCUGCCUCCUCCCCAACCAACAUUUAGUCAGGUUCUUUCUUCUAGUACUUCAACUUUGCCCCCUUCUAUUCACCCAAGGACAUCAACUCUGUCCUCUCAGGCAAAUUCUCAGCCCCCUGUACAGGUUUCUAUGAAGACUCAAGUGUCUGUAACAGCUGCUAUUCCACACCUAAAAACUUCAACGUUGCCUCCUCUGCCCCUCCCACCCUUAUUACUGGGAGAUGAUGACAUGGAUAGUCCGAAAGAAACUCUACCUUCAAAACCUGUAAAGAAGGAGAAGGAACAAAGGCCACGUCACCUACUCACAGACCUCCCUCUCCCUCCAGAGCUCCCUGGUGGGGAUCCAUCUCCCCCAGACUCUCCAGAACCAAAGGCAAUCACACCACCUCAGCAACCAUACAAAAAGAGACCAAAAAUUUGUUGUCCUCGUUAUGGAGAAAGAAGACAAACAGAAAGUGACUGGGGGAAACGCUGUGUGGACAAGUUUGACAUUAUUGGGAUUAUUGGAGAGGGAACCUAUGGCCAAGUAUAUAAAGCCAAGGACAAAGACACAGGAGAGCUAGUGGCCCUGAAGAAGGUGAGACUGGACAAUGAGAAAGAGGGCUUCCCAAUCACAGCCAUUCGUGAGAUCAAAAUCCUUCGUCAGCUAAUCCACCGAAGUGUUGUUAACAUGAAGGAAAUUGUCACAGAUAAACAAGACGCGCUGGAUUUCAAGAAGGACAAAGGAGCCUUUUACCUUGUAUUUGAGUAUAUGGACCAUGACUUAAUGGGACUGUUGGAAUCUGGUUUGGUGCACUUUUCUGAGGAUCAUAUCAAGUCAUUUAUGAAACAGCUAAUGGAAGGACUGGAUUACUGUCACAAAAAGAAUUUCCUGCAUCGGGAUAUUAAGUGUUCUAACAUUUUGCUGAACAACAGUGGGCAAAUCAAACUAGCAGAUUUUGGACUUGCUCGGCUCUAUAAUUCUGAGGAGAGCCGCCCUUAUACAAACAAAGUCAUUACUCUGUGGUACCGACCUCCAGAACUUCUGCUGGGAGAGGAGCGUUAUACGCCAGCAAUAGAUGUUUGGAGCUGUGGAUGCAUCCUUGGGGAACUGUUCACAAAGAAGCCAAUUUUUCAAGCCAAUCUGGAACUGGCUCAGCUAGAACUGAUCAGUCGACUCUGUGGUAGCCCUUGUCCAGCUGUGUGGCCUGAUGUUAUCAAGCUGCCCUACUUCAAUACAAUGAAACCGAAGAAGCAAUAUAGAAGGCGCCUACGAGAAGAAUUCUCUUUCAUUCCUUCAGCAGCACUUGAUUUACUGGACCACAUGCUGACGUUAGAUCCUAGCAAACGUUGUACAGCUGAACAGACCCUGCAGAGUGACUUCCUUAAAGAUGUCGAGCUCAGCAAAAUGGAUCCUCCAGACCUCCCCCACUGGCAGGAUUGCCAUGAAUUAUGGAGUAAGAAACGGCGACGGCAGCGACAAAGUGGUGUUUUGGUAGAGGAGCCACCUCCACCCAAAGCCUCUCGAAAAGAAACUAUCUCAGGGACAAGUGCUGAGCCUGUGAAGAACAGCAGCCCAGCACCACCUCAGCCUGCUCCUGGCAGGGUGGAGCCUGGGGCUGGGGAUGCAAUAGGCCUCGGUGACAUCACACAGCAGUUGAAUCAAAGUGAAUUGGCAGUGUUAUUGAACCUGCUCCAGAGCCAAACCGACCUGAGUAUUCCUCAAAUGGCGCAGCUGCUUAACAUCCACUCCAAUCCAGAGAUACAGCAGCAGCUGGAGGCCCUGAACCAAUCCAUCAGUGCCCUAACAGAAGCCACUUCCCACCAGCAGGACUCAGAGCCCACGGCCCCAGAGGAAUCUUUGAAGGAGGCACCCCCUGCCCCAGUGGUCCAACCUUCCGCAGAACAGACAACCCCUGAAGCUUCAAGCACACCAGCUGACAUGCAGAAUAUGUUGGCAGUUCUCUUGAGUCAACUAAUGAAAACCCAGGAGCCAGCAGGCAACCUGGAGGAAAACAACAGUGACAAGAACAGUGGGCCACAGGGGCCCCGAAGAACUCCCACAAUGCCACAGGAGGAGGCAGCAGCAUGUCCUCCUCACAUUCUUCCACCAGAGAAGAGGCCCCCUGAGCCCCCCGGACCUCCACCGCCGCCACCUCCACCCCCUCUGGUUGAAGGCGAUCUUUCCAGCGCCCCCCAGGAGUUGAACCCAGCCGUGACAGCCGCCUUGCUGCAACUUUUAUCCCAGCCUGAAGCAGAGCCUCCUGGCCACCUGCCACAUGAGCACCAGGCCUUGAGACCAAUGGAUUACUCCACCCGACCCCAUCCCAACAGGACUUACGGAAACAAUGAUGGGCCUGAAACAGGGUUCAGUGCCACUGACACUGAUGAACGCCACUCUGGUCCAGCCUUGACAGAAUCCUUGGCCCAGACCCUGGUGAAGAACAGGACCUUCUCGGGCUCUGUGAGCCACCUUGGGGAGUCUAGCAGUUACCAGGGCACAGGGUGGCAGCAGCAGUAGGAGUGAUGGCCCCUGAGGAAUUUGGUAAUGUCCAUCAAUUACCUGACAUCCGGACCCCUGCAAAAUUCAGUCUCUUUCACAGACUUUAAGGCCAGGUUUGAUGGGAGAUCCCCCCUGUCCAAACACUGUGCAAAGACACGAGAAGUAGAGGUCUGCCAGCCUGCUUAUUUCCAUCCUCAAUGCCUAGACCUGGGCAGGUCACCAACCUACUAUGCCUACCCCUACCCUUCUUGCUGCCAGAUGUGAAAACAGAGACCCAGAGAAGGGAAAUCAGUUGAAUCCUGCCCUGGAGUUGCUUUUGUUCCUGGAUUUGGAGAGUUCCUGGGAACACAGGGAAAUUGUGUCCCAUUGGUUGGUGAGAGAGCUGGAUGUCUGAACCUCCCACCUCAACACCUCGAAGGUUAUCAUGCAGAUCCCCUCUCUAGCUCCCAGAGCCAUGGAAGAAGUGAAGGAAGAUAUUUCAGAGGUGGCAGCGCCAUGAUGUCCAUCAGUACCCAGGGAGAGAAGCCAAGGAGAAGAAACAGUGCCCAGAGAGGGAGCCAGGAGGGGAUGUGUGCUCCUGAAACAGCCUUCUUACCCCAUCCCCUCCCCUGCCCCCUCUAACAUGCCAACAAGGCUCUGUGCCCAAGUUGUGCCGGCUCUCCUGGCUGGUGAUCCUGCUCUGCUGUACAGGCAGCUGGCCCUCUGCUCCAGCACAGAGCGUGUGGUGGGGUCUGUCGCACUUCUUUCUAACUCAUCCCAGUGUGUCUGUGGUGCAGAUUCCUAGGGAUGCAGGAGGGGGCUGUGGCCCUGCGAGUAGGAAGACAGUGGGCUCUGGGGCCCUUUAGGUGCGUAUCUUCCUGGCUGGAGUGGCUGUGGGGAGGGAGAAGGCUGCUGGCAGCUCACCUGAGUUCAAGGUUCUGGUGGCUCAUAGCAACAGGGGUGGCUCAUGAAAACAACCGAGGGGAAGAGGGUCCAGGCCUGUUAGAGCUCUCUUUUACCCCAUUUCUCCCCCACUCUGAGCCGUGGAUAGAGGUCUCUCAUCUGGAUUGUGGGGCAAGGAGAGGCCCCAGCUAAGAAAGAAGAGAGGGAAAUGGGAGAGAAGAUAGCAGGGAAGCUGAGCAUUCCCAGGGAGAGGCUUCCCAGUGAGGAAAGGAUAGGAGAGGCUAGUUACUCUUGCCCCAGUGUAUCCAUGGGCUGCACAGAGGGUUCUGUGCUGAGGCAGCUCAGUGCUCCUAGGGACCUUUCAGGAAAGGGGCUUUCCAGGCAGACACAGUUACUCCUCCCUACUCUCACCUACCUGCCCAGAGGUCUGGGUACCCAGCUGACACCGUACGACUUAGAAAUUAAAAAAAAAGAAAGAAAAGAAAAAGGCACUAUUACAGGACCAGAACCUGGAAGGAUUACCACUACUUGGUCUCAGUACUCUUUCGCUGGAAACAGAAACCAUGAUCUUCAAAGGUGCUGAUUUUCUCUUCCCUUACAGGUCAGGUGGGCAAUGUGCAUCUUCUCCUGACUUUCUGAAUCAAGGGGAUGAUAGACUACUGUGUUUGAGGUCAUAUCAGCAGAACAGGGCCAGAAAGUGGACCGGGAGAAUCAGCUGUGCUUCUGACCACAGUCCCAAGGGCCUCCCUGUUUCAGCAAAAGGGAACAGGGAUCUCGGAUACCAGUGUAUCCAGACACGUAAUAGGUAUCCUCCUUCUAACCUCAGAGGAGAAUAGGAGGGGAGUUCUCUGACAGAGCCUAAGGUUCCAUUUGCCUAUUUCUAUUGCUUUCACCGAUGACGGCUCUGCUGUCCAGCUGGGAUGAGGGGCCCUCUGCGGGAUGCUCCUGGGGAUCCAGAGACAGUUCUGAUUGGAGGAAGGGACAGACCAGCUGCUCUUCGUGUAGGGAGAUGGGAUCAGCUCCACUCCCCCAGCUCUCCCUGGCAGCAUCAGGAGCCUAGGGGCCCCUGCUGGAACACCCAUAAUAAAGCCCAAUCCUGAACUGAACUGACAUAUCACCUGGCUCUGGUAUAAAAGUGCUGAGGGGGAGCCUGGGUGCACCAGGUGGGGUGUAGGCAGGUGUAGGGAGUUCAGCCCCAGGAGAUACAAGGAUCACUCCUCAAUACCACGUGUUCCUCCUCUUAAACCUUCUCCUCAGUCCCCCUUUUCUUCCACCUCCCUUCAGCUGACUCCACUCCUGGCUACCUCAUGCCCUCCAAUCUGAGAAGACAUGUGAAUGCCAUCAGGAUCUGAACCUGGAAUCACCCCCUUCCUCUGAGAAUGCCACUCUGGCUCUGAGACUGACUCACCGGUCCUCAUCCUCCACAUAAGUAUAGCCAGGCCAAGACAGGUACGUCCACUGGCACCAAGGCCCCUGACCUGGAGCGAAGGGCAGCCCUAGGGGUACAGUGGGGCUUGGCCCUAAAUGCGUAUAUGCCUGUGUAUUGGGCACACUGGUUUAUUAGUGUUAUUUCAGCAUUGUGAUGCAGAGAGAGUAAGUGUAACAGCUGCUCCUUGCUUGCAGUGUUUAUUGUUACCUAGAGACAACCUCCUGGCUUUUUCCCAGCUCCCCCUCCCCCCCCAGCCCAACCCCCUCCCUGCCAACAGUCCUCCUCUCCCCACACUGAUGGGAAAUUUAUAGCUUGCCCAUACCAUGCCUUUAACUCUCUCCUGUCCAUAAGGUAGAUGGGCCAAGGGAAGCCAAAGUGAGCUGUGAGCAUGCUUAGGCCCUGGCAGGGUAGAAUAGUGCGUGGAGGAGGGAAGGAAGGAUGGAGGGAGGGAAGACACCUCUUGUUCCCAAUCUAUGUCUAGACUCAGACCCCAGUUUCCCUCCUGGCUCUCAUGUUGAGAGAAAAGAGCUUUGGACCUAGUCUUGGGAUCCCAGCCUCCUCCUCAUAAGAUUAUUCUUUUUCCUCAGAUUAUUCUCUAAGCUCCUCCCGUUAGGCUGGCUGGUCCUGAGCAAGUACAGCAAGGUAGUAUUGAGACGGAAGGAAUAAAUGCAGAGUGGCAGAAGCCCCAGAUCCCUCCUUUCUAUAGAGAUGUCACAUUGCGACAAACAAGAGGCUCUGGCGUGAGGGAUGCUGGCCAGACCUCCACAGCUGGGUAGAUGUCAAACAUGAAGCUGGCUGCUGAGCCUGGUGGGGAAAACUGACCACCUUAACUUCACCCUGAGCCCAGGACUUAGGUCCUGAAAGAGUCCCAGGCCGUCCUCCAAGUUGGUCUCCUUGGUCUGGGUAGGCUACUCUCUCUGCUUUUCUUCCUGGUCCAUUUUCUGCUCCUCAUCUUUUGGUUUGAUACCUUGGGGAAGAUCCAAGAGACCAAGGGAACUGAGGCCUCAGUAGUCCUGGGGAAAGAGAAAUUCCUCGAUCCCCUCCUGACUCAGAACCUUUCAUGGAGGGGCACCAUGUCAUAUAUUUACCAUCCCCACUGGAAACAAGAGAGGAAAAGGGAUUGGAUUUUAGCAGAAAGGAUAGAGGUUAGACACAUGGAAAAACUUACUCAUGGGAUAUAAGACUUCAGAAUGGACCUACUUCUCUUCAGAGAUUUUUCUUUUGCCUGGUAUGAGUUUAAGUCUGUGUCCACCCAAGGGGCAUUGGAAGAACAAAGGGUAUUUUUCUGGGGCUCCUCCAGAUGUGGGCCUCAGCGCAGUUUCCUCCUCAUUUCUUCUAAAUGUAGUAUGUGUGGCGGUUAGAGUGUAAUGCCAAUGCUGCCGUUUACGAGCUGUGCCACCUAGGUAAGUCGCUUAACCUCUUUUAGCCCUAGUGUCCUUGUCUGUGAAAUGCAGAUAAACAACCUUUUAAGGUGGUGAAGAGAGUUUAGUGAAAUAAUGUGUGUAAAGUACCUAGGACAGUGCCUGAUACUGAGUAGGUGCUCAGUCAACAGUGGUUGAUACAAUAGAGUCUAUUAAUUUUAUGGAAUCAUCAGGGCUGACACCGAGUCAAAGACUCUAUGAGUCCCCUGGAAUUAUAGGCCAAAUGUGAGCAUGUGCGUGUGGUGGGGAGAAUGUCCAUAGUUUUACUGAUGAUUUGGAGCAGGGGGUGGCAGUCUCCUGGAACAGAAGUAGCCCCAAUCCUUUGACUCAUACUCCCAAAGAAGUCAGUUUCCCCAUUCCCAUGCCUCCAGCUAGGAGUUCCUUAGGUAGUGUUCUGCCUGGAAGUACAGCUUCAUCUAGGGUGGAGCUGGGAGAGACAGCCAUUAAGAUAGCAACACAGAGGAAUUCCCUGGCUGUCCAGUGGUUAGGACUCUGUGCUUCCACUGCAGGGGGCAUGGGUUUGAUCCCUGGUCAGAGAACUAAGAGCCUACAUGCCACAUGGUGCAGCCAAAAAAGAAAAAAAACAAAAGAUAGCAACACAGAGCACUUGCCAAGCACUUUACAGUUUGUCAAGUGCAUUUACCUAUAUUAGCCUUUUAAUACCCAGAACAUCCCAGUAAAGUGAACUACCAUUUAUUGACUGCCAGGCAUUGUGCUCAGUGUAUAUAUUUUUUUAAGUAUGUUUAAAGUCUAUAGAGUAUUUCAUCACCUAGAUCUGCUAUGAUGUAUAAAGCUCAUCCACUAUUUUAAUCAUUUAGACAUAUUUGCUGUUAUAAAUAAUACCAUGAUGUACAUCCUUCAUGCAUUUUUUUUAUAGUAAAUUCCAAGAAGUGAAAUUAUUGGGUCAACAGAUACAAAUAUCCGCCCUCCCCAUAGGUAUGAUCACUUUAUUGAUGUACCAUAAUAAGAAUAAUAUUUUUUAAUCUUCCUCUUUGGAAUUCUUCAAUGGAAACACAUGGGCAGCCCCUUCUUUCUCCUAAACCCAGCAGAAACAUUAAUAAUCUAUCAUAUCCUUUUUAAAAAAUUGAGGUAAUUGUAGAUUCACAUGCAGUUGUAAGAAAUAAUACAGAGAGAUCCCUUGUACAUUUUGCCCACAUUUACCCAGUAGUAACAUUUUGUAAAACUAUAGUAUGACAUCACAACCAGAAUACUGACAUUAGUUCGAUCCAUAUUUCCCCAGUUUUACCUGUGUAUGUGUGUAUAUUAAGUUCUACGCAAUAUUGUUACCUGUGUAAGUUCUUACAUCUGCCACUACAGUCAAGAUACUGAACAGUUCCAACACCACAAGGAUUCUUCAUGUUGCUCUUUUAUAAUCACGCCUACAUCACCCCCUUCUUAACCCUUGGCAACCACUAAUCUAUCCUCCACUUCUAAAAUUUUUUCUUUCGAAAAAUGGAGUCAUACACUAUGUAACUUUUUAGGAUUGGAUUUUUUCACUCAGCAUAAGUCUCUGGAUAUCCACUCAAGUUUUUGAAUGUAUCAGUAGUUUGUUUCUUUUAUUUAUUUCAUGAUAUGGAUGUACCACAGUUUAACCAUUCACCUGUUAAAGAACACUUUGUACACAACAUUGUAAGUCAAGUAUACGCCAA